AUGAUCACAAAUUUGGCUCCUUUGGUGGAAAAAUGUGAACGAUUGGGAAAUGAGUGCUUAUUGGCGCUCGACAACCACAUGAAUCUGCUCGCAGCUAUCAAAGGUUUUCGAAAUGGACUGAUGUAUGGAAUGAGGAUUCGCGCCCCGCAUGCCCUCGUCACGGUGGUCCUGUUCGGUGAAGGCACAGCGACCGAGAAGAUUCGCACGAUUUUGCAACUGACACGGAUACAUGCAAUGAAUCUGGCAAAAUUUGCGUUCAGCUACAAGCUUCUUCAUGGAUUCUUAAGGCGAAUAGAAGGAAAAACUUAUGAAUGGCAUUCUUUCAUUUCUGCGUUUAUCGUGGGAUACAUGGUCUUUGGUGAAAAUAAUGGGUACCAAUUUUUAAACUUACAAGAUAUACGAGUAUUAAUCGGUGGCGGCGCUUUUCUUCGUGUGAUUUCAGAAUAUCGUGUUUUUCCACUUUUUGCCGCUGUCGUAUGGGGGUUUGUGUUGUGGUUGUUCGAGCAUCACACUAACGUCUUACAAGGUUCGUAUUUUUUUCCGAAACAAAUAGAUGAUUGUGAUUUUGUUUUGUUUCUUCGGUCUUUUUUUCGGAUUUCACGUUGUUAUCUAAAAGCCGGUGAUUAUUUUUGA